AUGUCUUCCUCAACUCCAAUAGUUGAUAUUCAUACCCACAUCUACCCACCAUCCUACAUCGAGCUCCUCAAAUCUCGUGAUGAAAUCCCAUAUAUUCGACAAUUCCCACCGGCUACAGAGCAUAGAUUGGUUAUUUUACCAGCGGAGGAUACACCGAGUACGAGUAGAGGGAGGCCUAUUGGACCUGAGUACUACGACAUUGAACAAAAGAUUGCCUUCAUGAACACCCACUCAAUCAACGCCUCCAUAAUCUCUCUCGCAAACCCAUGGCUCGACUGGCUUCCCCCCACCACCGCCCUCCAAACCGCCCACUCAAUCAACACCGAAAUAAACCACCUCUGCAGCCUCCACCCCAAACGCCUCUACUUCUUCGGCACACUCCCCCUAUCCGCCCCCGUAUCCUCAAUCCUCGCCUCCAUCACGCACCUAACCACCCUCCCCCACUGCCGCGGUAUAAUUCUCGGCACGACCGGUCUCGGCACCGGACUCGACGACCCCUCUCUCCUCCCCAUCUUCACCUCUCUAGCUGCAGCCCAGCUCCCCAUAUUCCUGCAUCCGCACUACGGACUUCCGACUUCGGUCUUCGGACCUCGCGGUACCGAUUACGGCCACGUGUUACCACUUGCGCUUGGAUUUCCCAUGGAAACUACUAUUGCAGUAACACGUAUGAUACUAUCCUCAGUCUUUGACUCUGUGCCGGAGCUACAAGUGAUUCUCGCGCAUAGUGGGGGUACGCUUCCGUUUCUGGCGGGGAGGAUAGAAUCAUGUAUAUUGCAUGAUGCGCAUCUUCAGAAAGAGGGAAAGCUAACCCAGGGAAGAAAAACCAUAUGGGAUAUUUUGAAGAGUAAUAUUUGGCUGGAUGCGGUGGUUUAUGGGGAAGUGGGGGUGCGGGGUGCAAUGGGGGUGAGUGGAACAGAGAGGGUCAUGUUUGGAACUGAUGCUCCUUUUUUUCCUCCGUUAGAUGAUGAAGAGGAUGCUAGUGAAAAACAAGGAAAAGAAGGAGAAAAGGAGGGUAAAAAAUGGCUAAGUGUUUCGCUGAAUAUGGAUGCUAUUAGUAGUGCUUGCGGUGCGGGUAGCGAGGAGGAAAAGGCUGUGUUGGGGGGUAAUGCGAUACGACUUUUUGGGUUGGAGUUACCUGUCUCUGCAUAG